UUUUUAAAAAUGUUUUUGUCUCCAAACAGAGGUAAAGUCCUCCAGGAGAGUCUGGUUAAACUGGUGGAGGCCUGUAGUGACGAGUCCCACAAUAUGGACCGCUGGCUCAGUAAGCUGGAGAACUCCAGGUGGCUGUCUCAUGUCCAGACCGCUCUGUCAACUGCUGGUCUGCUGGCAGAGUGUGUGGAGAGGGACGGCCGAUCAGCGCUGGUCCAUGGUUCAGAGGGAACAGACUCCACUCUGCUGGUCAGCACUUUGGCUCAGCUCAUCAUGGACCCACGCUGCCGCACGCUGGAGGGUUUCCUGACCCUGCUGGAGAGGGAGUGGGUACAGGUGUGU